AUGACGCAAAUACAAAAACAACAGGAUAAAAACAGGUUGACAUUAUUUAAGAAUCAAAUUAUAUUAAUUAGAAAUUUAAGUCACAAUAUAUAUGCUGAGGAUUUUUCAGAAUUUGGUGUUUAUGAAGGUAUAUCAAAUAUUCCUCCUAAACCGGAGAGAGAAAAAGAUUUUUCUUCAACUUUAAAGACUUAUCUUACGAAAAAAAAGAAUCGAAGUCAAAGAGAUCAAACCGCGUCUCGCGAGGUUCGUGCCUCUGCCGUUGAAGCCUUUACCAUAAAUGGUUUAAAGGAAGAAAUACGACAACGUGAGGUUACGCUGGAAGCCUUAAAUAAAAGGAUUAAAGGCAUAGAGUCUGAAAGGGAUCGUGCCCAAAUUGAAUUAGAUGAAGCUCAAGCUCAACUUAAGUAG